AUGACCAUAAAAGCUGUAAGACUUUUCCUAAUUGAUAUGUAUAUAUAUAUUAAUUUAAAAAAUUUGAGUUUCUUUUUACUUUAAAUAUUAAAUUUUGUAAUAUAAUAGUGUUUUGAUAUCUUCAAUGUUACACUUUUAAUUGAAAGAUAGACAAAAAUAGUGAAAAAAUAAUUUUUGACAGAAAACAUAUGCUUCUUUCAUCAUGAUUAACAGUCUAUUUAUCAUAAACUUAUCAGGAGAUGUUUUUAUGGAGAAACAUUGGAAAAGUGCUGUUGCACGUUCAUUGUGUGAUUAUUUUUUCGAUCAACAACGAAGAGUUUUAACUCCAGAGGAUACACCACCUGUCAUUGCAACCCCACAUCAUUAUUUAAUAAGUAUUUAUCGGUGCAAUAUGUUUUUUGUCGCUGUAUGCAUGACUGAAGUACCACCAUUGUUUGUAAUUGAAUUCCUGCACAGAGUGGUUGAUACGUUUGAAGAUUAUUUUAAUGAAUGUACAGAAACAAUAAUUAAGGAAAAUAAUGUUGUAGUUUAUGAAUUAUUGGAUGAAAUGCUUGACAAUGGAUUUCCUCUAGCUACAGAGUCUAAUAUUUUAAAAGAAUUGAUUAAACCACCAAAUAUUUUGCGAACAAUUGCAAAUACAGUUACGGGAAAAUCAAAUGUAAGUGCUAUUUUGCCGAGUGGACAAUUGUCCAAUGUUCCAUGGCGAAGAACUGGUGUUAAAUAUACAAAUAAUGAAGCCUACUUUGAUGUUGUGGAGGAAGUGGAUGCUAUAAUUGACAGGACUGGUGCAACAGUUUUUGCAGAAAUACAGGGCUAUAUUGACUGUUGUAUUAAACUUAGUGGAAUGCCAGAUUUAACAUUAUCAUUUGUCAAUCCAAGAUUAUUUGAUGACGUGAGCUUUCAUCCAUGUGUUCGUUUUAAAAGAUGGGAGUCUGAAAGGAUAUUAUCAUUCGUUCCACCUGAUGGAAAUUUCCGGCUUCUAUCAUAUCAUAUAGGAUCACAAAGUAUUGUUGCGAUACCUAUUUAUGUGAAACAUAAUAUUAAUCUCAAAGAAUCGGGUGGUGGAAGAUUGGAUAUAACAGUUGGACCGAAACAAACUGUAGGAAGAGUUGUUGAAAAUGUGAGUUUGGAAAUUCCAAUGCCGAAAAUUGUUUUGAAUUGCACCUUGAUACCAAAUCAAGGAAAAUAUUCUUUUGAUCCUGUUAGCAAAAUACUAUUUUGGGAUAUUGGUAGAAUAGAUGUUUCUAAAUUACCAAAUCUUCGAGGAUCGAUUACUGUUCAAAAUGCUUCUUCAAGUGCAGAAUCUAAUCCUGCUAUUAACGUUCACUUUACCAUAAAUCAAUUAGCUGUCUCUGGACUAAAAGUCAAUAGAUUAGAUAUGUAUGGAGAAAAGUACAAACCAUUUAAAGGAGUAAAAUAUAUUACAAAAGCUGGAAGAUUUCAAAUUCGAAUGUAAAAAUUAUAUGAAAAAAAUUGUUAUAUAUGUCAUAAAAUAGUCAAUAAAAUUAACAUAUUUUAUACUA